GUGUGUGCGUGUUCGCCAUUUCAACCCAGACCGGCGAUUUCUCAAACACUUCUGCACAGGAUUGAUCAUGAACAUCCUGGGUGGUUAUUAAAAUGAUGAAGAGCAUUUAAGAUCUUCCAAGAACCUUCUUGAUUCUUUCACUGUGUUGGAUUGGAAAUAUUUUUACCUCAUUUUUGCUUCAUCCAGGCCCCAGCUGUGAUUUCAACACACCAGAAUGGUCAAAAUUUUUGUCGGGAACCUUUCGCCAAACACGACGACGGAUGAACUUCGCUCCUUGUUCUCCCAGUACGGUAAAAUAUCAGAGUGCGACAUCGUGAAGAACUUCGGCUUCGUCCACAUGGAAAACAAAGCCGAGGCUGAGGAAGCCAUUCGCAACCUUCACCAUUAUAUGCUCAAUGGCCUGGCCAUGAACGUGGAGAUGAGCCGAGGGAAACCCAAAUCCUCCACCAAGCUCCACGUAGGCAACAUCAGUAGUAGUUGUACCAACCAGGAGCUGCGGGCCAAGUUUGAGGAGUUUGGCCCAGUGGUUGAGUGUGACAUAGUCAAGGAUUAUGCCUUCGUCCACAUGGAACGAGUGGAGGAUGCGAUGGAGGCCAUCCGAGGCCUAGACAACACCGCGUUUCAAGGCAAACUGAUGAGUGUGAAGCUUUCGACUAGCCGCCUGCGUACAGCACCGGGAAUGGGAGAGAGAACAGGUUGUUAUCGGUGCGGGCAGGAAGGCCACUGGUCCAAAGAGUGCCCACUGGACCAGAACGGCUCCUACUGUGAGGGCCAGGGCUCAGAGGGAUAUGGCGCUCCCCGGUUCGGUGCGAAUGGCGGUGGUGGUCGCGGUUUCCAACAGGGCUUCAAUGGCGAACCGAGCUUUGGCAGCAACUAUGGGCCUGUACAAGGUUUCUCCCGUGGUGCUGGUUAUGGGGGUCCUGGGUAUGGCAGGGGCAUGGGCACGAGCACAAGCACAGGCAUGGGCUAUAAUGGUGCGAUGAGUUUCGGUGUUGCGGCGGGAUACGGCAUGGGCGCGACAUACGGCAGCGAGGUGGCAUACAGCAGUGGUGUCGGCUACGGCAGCGCGGUGCCCGGGUUCCCUGCGCGGCGAGCGUCCUAUGAUGAACGGGAUCCGUACGGGGUGGUGGACUACUACGAAAAAUAUCGUGCGCGUCCCUAUGGAGGCAGUUAUUUUGAUGACAGACAAGCUGUCCCGCUUCCUGGCCCUCCUCCUCCUCCUCCCCCUGCGUCCUCGGCCAUAAGCACAGAGCGCAUGCCCUCGUCUAGCCUUGACCUCUAUGACCGAAACCCCCUCACUCCUCCUCAGGCUCCGGGUUCUUCGUACUACGGCCGUGAUAGGAGCCCAAUUCGAAGGCUCCCUCUCGAGGUGGAAGGAUACGCGUAUGAUCGUGCGCAUGUCGCCCCCAUCUCUUCGAUUCCUCGGAGCUCUGCGUUUGACAUGCCGCGGGAUCCUUACGCCGACCGGGCACGCUACGCAUAUUAAGCGAACAUCUGUGCGCGAUUCAUACGUGUGCACAACAGACUAUACAGUGGAUGUUGAUAAAGCUAGUGAUGUUUCUGAUCACGUGUGUAGCGUUCUGUAUUGAGUAGUAGUCAUGCUAUCAUGUGAAAUAUUCUGUGGUCAAUUUUUUUUUUUUUUAAUUGUUUAAGCUUACUCACAUGGUGCAGUCAUAAUCCUAGCAGGAAAUCCUUGAUUGCUCUAAUGAUUAACUGGCUGUGUUGUGAUGACACUUGUUCUUUUGCAGGUAUUCUUCAAUCAUGCCUCCACAGACAGUCAUUCAGACAUCACUUUUAACCUUACAGUGAAUAUGGUGCUGAAGUGUGGUGGAGCAGAUUAGGUGCUUUUAUUCUAGUAGUUGUAUGUUAUAUUGAGUAUUACUCGUAGGUGUUAUCAGAGUAGCGUUUCACUAACAUUUUCAGCCUGGUUUUAGUUAGCUUUUGUUUUGUUUAGUUUAUUUCCGAAGGCGAUAACACGAUACCUAAAUUCAUACUGAAUCCUGCUUGAGUCGAUGGGACGAUUACACGUGGAGUUCUGUCAACUGUUACAUGUACUGUGAGGAAUGUACAAAUCUAACGAAGGAAUAAUAUCAAUUAUUCUGUCCACAUUCACUGAAUUUGAGAAAUCGCGCACUCUGAUUGAUUGGCUACUCUACUAUUAGGAUAUCAGCUCAUGUACUGUGAGUAGAGAAAAACAAAAUGGCGGCGCGUGUUGAUGAACCAGCCAAGGACGGAAUAAAAACUCUACUCGAAAACAAACCCCAAAAAAUACAAAAAAAAGCAACAAAAUAUGGAAUAAAAGUAUUUGAUGGUAAGAACGUAUCUUUUUUUUUUCCCCAAGAAUUAUCGCAUUUUCACAAAUUGCUCCUGUCAUUUUGCCAGUUUGUUUACAUUCUAAGUGGAAAUUAUUUUGUCAAAUGUUUUGUAAAAAGUUUUUGUUUAUCGAAUUUGCAAAAAAAUAAAAAUGAUCUGUUUCUCAAAAUCCAGUGAAUGUGGAUAGAAUAAAACGGUUAUUCCACUUAAUCUAGUCGUACAUGGUACGAUGCGCCUCGUCGGCUAUCGGCUCAUAUACAACUCGGUUUCGUGGAAUAACUGUUAAUAAUCCAAAACUGGGCAGGUUUCAAAUCUUAUUUUCCUUUUGAUGUUGCAUGGUUUUCAAUGUAGAUGCUGACUAAUCUACUUAAAUUGUCAUCUUAAAUCAAAAUCGGAGCAAAUAAAUGCGUAGUGUAGAGAAUAUAUCUGCUUAAGCCAGGUUUAUAGCAAUUUUAGACUUGUAGAUUUUGAAAUAAACCAGUAAACAUCAGCUUUCGUAUGAAAAGUCUGAUUGAUCAGCAGUCAUACGUUCCGUUGUGAUUUCUUUGUGUUAAAACUGAUUGUGAUUUAUUUCCGUCUGAAUCUCAAUCCACGCUUUCCAAAAAAAAGAUGGGUUUGAGUGCUUGUUCAGAAUGCAGUGAUUUAUUUUGUGAUCUCUGUUCCUUCCGAAUCAGUUCACCUCUGUGCUUCUACAAUUUUCAGCAUGAAUAGUUGUCCCGAAGGCCAAACUCUAAAGACGUUCACACAAAUGGAUACGAAAUAUAGCUGUCUGUUUGACGAUGGUAAAUUUAUAAACCCCUUGUUAAAUUUAUAGAUCUGCACUACAUAAAAUUUGACCACUGCAUAGUGUGGUGUGUUGUUUAUAAUCAAGUGAAGCAAUUUCUUGUCAUAAAAUGAUCCCAUUGGAAAGGCCAUAGAAAGCAGAAGCACUGACGAUUGAACUUAUCCUUGUAAUAUCCUCAAAUUGUAUGACAACUUAUUCCUUAAUAAAGGCAGAGAAAGCA